CAGAGUAUUUGCCCUUCUGUUUUGCUUUUGACGAAAAAAGGCAUGGCGUCUUUUAUUGUUGUUAAGAAAGAAGGUAUUCUAAUGACUACAUUUAAAUUUACAUAGCGUUAAUAGAACACUACUCACAAAACUAUAACAAAGGGCGUAUUAAUAAAAUUUAAUCAUAUAACUAAAUAAAUAGUGAAUAUUAAAGAAUCUGUUUCUAAAUUUUAAUAAAUCAGGCCAAGUUCUGUUGCUGUUGAUUCUAAAAAAACUUGCAAAAAUUAUUAAUUUAAUUUGGUUAAUUUAGACAUUUCACGCUAUGACGUAUGUCUGACACGGCCGCCACAUUGGUUACUGUGACCAUGUCCGUGUGAAACGUCAAAAUGUGGAUUGUCUAAAGAAACUAUGACCAUAUUAUAUAGGCCUAAGGUAAAUGAAUGAUGGCUCCAUGCGCCACUCCUCCUUUUCCAUGACUGCCAUCUAGGUUGCCAUGAUGGAAGACGUGUCAUUAGCAACCAAGAUGGUGGCCGUGGACAAAAGUAGUGCAAACACAUGUCUGCUAAAAUGGGAAGGGGAAAGAGAGAAUGUGCUAUUUUAACUACUUACAGUACAGAGAAAAACGAAAAUAGGAACAACACGUUAAAAUUUACAAAGUGUCUACAUGUCCGGCAACUGGAUGAAUAAGUUCUCGAUAUAUUCAUCUGGCAACCACGUCCCAUGACCACUGUAACAAAAUUGCGUGAGAUGUUUGUCAAUCAGCCUUGUCUAUUGACAGCUAAUAAUCUAUAAUUAGAUAGUAGUCGGACGUAUAUCUCCCGCACUAUUUGUCCGGCGACCAAGCCACAUGACCGCCGUAACAAAGUGGCGAGAGAUAUCUUGUCGGGCAGCCUUGUCACGUGACUGCGAAUGAUUCAAAACUAUUAUUAAUUUUAAAAUCUAUUUCUCUACCAAGUAAUGUACUGAGUAUCUUGAAUGCAAAUAAUAGAAAAAAAACUUAAGUCAAGUGAAAGUGGCUUGUAAACAUUUUUGUUUAGUUUGUUAUUUGAGUUUGUGUACCAGUAAUCCAUAAAAUAAAUUAGGCAGGGGCCAGUGUGGAGUAGGCAACCAAUAAAAGUAAAAGAUUUCAUUUUAAAUUGUUUAAAUUGCUACAAAAUAUUUAAAAACUUGUCAUGAAACUACUGUUGCUGAUGAACAUGAUAAUAUAAAUAUAGUAUAAAAUAUUUUUAAUUAAAAUGGGAAGAAAAAAAAAAGAUCCAAUCCCCGGUAUUGAUCCUCAAAUCAUAAUAUCGUCAAGCGACCACUCUACCAUUAGACCACGCAAGAUUCACCAAACUGCACUUCGUUCGGAAUUAUAAAAACUACUAGCCGUCCGGCGGUCAUGUGAAAUGCCAUUGGACGUAUAUCUUGCGCACUAUUUGUCCGGCGCGACGGACGUGUAGACACUUCGAAUAAUCUAUAAUAAAAAUGGAGCCGGAGAUGCAUGUUGGCGACAAGUUUACUUCAUUUCAACAAAUAAGGGUUGGGGGGGGGGUGGGUGGGAGCGAUGCAUACUAAAAGGAAGAAACACUGAGAGCGAGAGAGAAAAAGAUAAAAAUGAUAGUGAGGGUGAUAAAUAAUUAAAGCGGGGAGGUCGAUAGUUCACAAAGAAAAAGACCCUACAUCUUAAUAUAGGGCCAAUAUAGUUGGCUACUGGGGUAGCCUACUUCUCAUGCAAUAUUAAUAGCCUUUUUGUGUCGUAGGUCUAUUUAAAGUCAACAGGCAUGUAUUGGUACUAUUGUGUUUGAUUCAUAUUUUAAAUUUAGGCUACUAGGUGGAGCUUUAUAAGAUAUUUAAACCAGAGGCGUAGAUAAGGGAGCGGGGGCAGAUGUCCCUGAGCGCCAGACUAGUUAGGGAUGCCAAAAUGUGCUUUAAUUAAUAUUAUUUUAUUGAUGAAAAUAAUUGGUUUCAGAGUUUUAAAAAUAAGGGGGGGUAGGGGCGCACUUUAAAAUGAAUCUUGUCUCCAAGCGGCAAACACCCUAGCUACGCCUCUGAUUAAACCAAGAUAACAGACUUUUUUUUGAAGAGUCGGAUUCAAAUAGACCAGUAGCCUAUAUAGUUAUAUGGACCUACUAGUAUUAAAUUAGUUUUAAUUCAAAGUCAAAAGCUUAUGAUACACUUUAUGUAUCUCAAAGCAUUUGAAAAUACAGUGGAACCUCUCAUAACGAGUUUAAUUCGUUCCAGACUCUUACUCAUUAAGCGAAACACUCGUUAAACGAAACAAUUUUUCCCAUACAAAUCAAUGUAUAAUACGAUAAUGCGUUCCAUGCUGAAAAAAAACAAAUUUUUCAAAAAAUUUUAUUAACAUUUAUUCAAAUAAAAUUACUUAUGAAUUGUUAAGGAGUGUAACAACUUGGAAUACAAUUUAUAUUUGAAAAAAAGACUUAAAUAAAAAUAUGAAUUUAUGACAAAUAAUUAAGCCUUUUUAACCAGAAAACUAUCUAAAGACAUUUGUUUUUUCGACGCUUCAAAAUUUGACGAAAAUAUGUCACAGCAUUAUCAUUGAAUAAAUUUGUAGCACGAAUAGGAACGCUCACACCUUAUUCUCGCUUUUCAAUGGUUUUACGUUUCAUUUCAACAGUUAUUUUUUCCCUUUUAUGAUUGUCUUCUUGUGGUUUUUUUUUUUAGAAGACAUUUUAGCAUAGGUUAUUACACUUUGCUCAUAAAAAAAUUACGAAUACUGUCUGAAUACAAAAUUUGUAAAAACUGGUAAUCACACAUGAAAACAAUUUAAUAACAGACCGAGUGCUAAACACAGACUAAUGCAAUGGUUCUCAACCUUCCUAGUGCCGCGACCCUUUAAUACAGUUUCUGGUGUCUUGGCAACCCCCCAGCAACCUAAUUAUUUUCGUUGCUACUUCAUAGUUGUUAGAAUAUGUGUUUUCAGAUAGUCUAAGGCGACCCCUGGGAAAGGGCCGCGCUACCCCCAAAGGGGUCACGACCCACAGAUUGAGAACCGCUGGAGCAAUGCAUCGGCGCGGAAGCCCCGGCUCACAAAUGAAUGUCAGGAAAAAGGGACUUCCCUUUUCUGCGUAACUCGUUAUGCGAAAUAUCGCUCGUUAAGGGAGCAACUUCUUCACAUUCUUUUUUGCACGUUAUGAAUUACUCGUUAUGAGAGGUGCUUGUAGUGAGAGGUUCCACUGUAUUACCAUAUUCAGCAUUUAUUUAUUAUCUAGGGAUCGGCUGACUAAUAUUUAUAUACAAUAUUGGAAUAUCAUAUGCAAUGCAACUAUUUAAUUAUCUUCGUGUGUCCCCCCCUCCCCCCUAAAAUCGUGCAAAAACACAGGCCUGAAUUUGGGGAGAGGGCUUAUUAAUAUAAAAAAAGACUACAGUUAACCCUUGUAAGAAUUCACGUUUAAACAAAGGGGAGUUAUUCUUCUUAAAUCAUGAGACGUAAAGCUUAAAUUGAAAUUUUGUUUUAGUGAAUUUAAUUAGUUCUCCAAACACCAACAAUUAUUUUCAUCCCAUUCCUGUGGCAGUACAGCCCAUGCAGGGCUUUGGCCUGCCUCACCACAUGAAGGCAGUUAUUUUAUUUAGUUUACUGUUGGUUCUUUUGUCUAGUCAAUGACCGUUAUGUAGUUUUUAUUGGGUUGGCAUAACUGGUUGUUCAUAUUUACUAAAUGACCUCGAGGCCAUUCACAAAUGAGUGGGGGUAAAAAAAUUGGUUUAAGUAGUGUCCACAUAAGGACAUUUAAUUAUUCAAAAAUUAAUAUUUCUUAAUAUAUGAAUAUUUUAGAAAUGAUAUAUUUAGAAGCAUAUUUAAGGACAGGAAUUUUGGCGAAAAAAAGUUUGCUGAAAAUGUCGCCCUUCCAUAUAAAAAAAAGGUACUACCCGGCACCCUCUGCAACCCACUUCCUAAGCCACUGUUUGCAUGAUUUCUCACCUCUAUCAUACUAUAUCAAUUUUUUAGUGCUUGGCAUUUGAUUUUUUUCAAUUAUAACUCAGUCAGUCACAUGGCAUGAACUUUUCUUUUUUCAGACCUUGAAAAGAAACAAAAUGUUGAACCCUGUCACACACUAAGAUGUCUUACUUCUGAACUGGGAUGUCUAACUCGCCAGGAUGGCUCUGUAAGCUUGUCCCAAGGUGAUACAACUUCCCUGGCUGUGGUUUAUGGACCUGCUGAAGUUAGAAUAUCCCGUGAACUUAUAGACAGAGCCACUGUUGAGCUUGUGUACAAGCCUAAAGUUGGACUGCCACGGCCUGCUGACAGAAAACGUGAGCAAAUUAUGAAAAGUAUUUUUGAAGCAACCAUCAUCACAAAUCUUCAUCCACGAUCCUCCAUUACAAUCAUACUUCAAGAAACGGAGGAUUUAGGUUCCAAUCUAGCUUGCUGCAUCAAUGCGGCCUGUUUAGCAUUGUUAGACGCUGCAGUGAAUAUGAGUUUUAUGGUGGCUGCGGUUGCUGUCUCUGUGGCAGAUGAAGGACAGAUCAAGUUAGACCCUUCCAAAAAUGAUGAGGAGAAAGGUCGUGCCAGCAUUACUUUUGUAUUUGACAGUGUAGACCUAAAUGUAGUUUCUAUUGUGACAUCAGGAAAAUUUAGUCAAAUCGAGUACAAGGCAGGCCUGGAGCUGGCUAGAGAGGCAUCACAGAAGGUUUUCCAAUUUUUCAAGGAUUCAAUGUCUAGAAAACUGAUCAGAUAAUCAGCGCCCAAAUGAAGAAAAAAUUUUUUGGAAGAUUAUGAUGAAAGUUUUAAUUUGGAUUACAAAAAAAUCUUGCUUCAUUUACUGAAGCUGAUUAUGAAAAGGGAGACAAAAAUAUCCUAAAAAUGUUUUAUUCAAUAACUUAACAAAAAGUAUGAGAGAAUCUCAUCAUAGAUGUGUGUUGGCUGGUGCAGGCUUUAAUCUAAAACGAAAAAGGUGAAUCAUUUAUAUAUAAGGGCUGUCAUUCAGUCAUUAAAAAUGUUUGUUCUUUAAUUGUGAUGUGACACGUUUUUUCUUUAAUUGUGAUGUGACACGUUUGUUCUUUAAUUGUGAUGUGACCCGUUUGUUCUUUAAUUGUGAUGUGACAAGUUCGUUCUUUCAUUGGGAUGGGACAAGUUUGUUCUUUAAUUGUGAUGUUACAAGUUUGUUCUUUAAUUGUGAUGUGACAAGUUUAUUAUUUAAUUGUGAUGUUACAAGUUUGUUCUUUCAUUGGGAUAUGACAAGUUUAUUCUUUCAUUGUGAUGUGACAAGUUUGUUCUUUCAUUGUGAUGUUAGAAGUUUGUUCUUUAAUUGUGAUGUGACAAGUUUGUUCUUUCAUUGUGAUGUUACAAGUUUGUUCUUUAAGUGUCGUGUGAGCACAGCAUACUAAUAGUAUUACUAUAAUUUUAGUACAAUAUGAAAUUUUUUAAUAUAUAUUUGGUCAAUGAUUACAACAAGUUUGUUUGAAUAUAAAUGAUUCUUGUAGCCACUUUUCUUUAUAUUAAAGAGCUGGUAGCCAUGAGAAUGGUAAAAAUUUUGACAAAUAUUUUUUUCUUUAAAUCAGUGUUCUUUAGUUGUAGUUCUAGGUCCAAACAAGCCACUUUGUAUUUAUAUUUGCAAACUCUGAACUGUGUGUGCAGUUGAAGUAUAUGGCAUAUAAUUAAGCAUAGUUGCUUGAACAUGUUCAGAUAAAGUAGAGUGCCUGCCUCAUUUUUGUGAAAUUACCAUUAGAAAAAAUAAUUUAUCUUGGCCAGUUUUUGUUGUAAAAAAACUCAUUUUUAACAUAUAUAUUUCGCUUCUGUUCCAAAGUAAAUGUUUUUCAGAAGGGCCCAAUGUGAACUGUAACAAUGAAAUUUGCUUCUAUUUUGAGAAAAAUAUUGAUUCAUUGAAACUAGUUUUAUCUUUAAAAAAAACAACAAACAAAUGAAAGGAAGUUCUCAAUUUGAAAUACCCGUACUGGUUGGGACUGGUAUUUACUCUCUAAAUGUUUAAGCCUGCAUGUUAAUUACUAUUUAGCUGUUUUCUAACAUCAUUAAAUGAAAGUCUCGUGUUUUGAUUUUAGGACUAUAUCUAUUUAAACAUUCAGACAUCAGCAAACAGACAAAAGGCAAGACUUCAACAUGUUUUAGUUGUUGCAUAUAUUGUUGUAUUGCCAAGGUAGAUACAAAUAAAUUGCUGUAUAAUAGAACGACUGUGUUUUCUCUCUAGUUUUACUGACUAGAUGUUUUUUUAAGGAACAAAGUUUGUAUAUAUAUAUAUAUACACACAUUAUUAUUAUUAUAUUAUCUAGGUUUUAAAUAAUAAAUACAUUCUGAAAAAUAAUUACAAAUAUGCAUGUAGAUAAUAAAGCAAUACUGAUUGUCAUAUCCUCAUUGUUACACAUCCAUGGCAUAUGUUACUAUAAUAUAAUAGUUCAUGUGCAACUUCAAAUGCUUUACUUAUGGUUACAACACAAGUAGCACAGAUUUGUGUAGUCCUGUUGCCAAUGUUUGAUUUCUACAGUAGGGUAAUUUACAAACUUAUCAGAUUUCCAUAUUCCUUUGAGUUGUUGUACAGGGUACCAGGUAAUUGAUGUAAUCAACAAUUUUAGAGUUACGUUUCCUUU